UUUAUCUAUUUUUACUUUAUCUUUUACAUCUCAUUUCCUUUCACUGGACUCGAACAAAAACCAGGGGUGGGUGAUUUUGACUGUGUGAAGAGAAAAUGGAGGUAAGGGUUUUACUGGUUUGUCUUGCAGUGGGUUUCUUAGGGAUUGUUUCUGCUGCUUUGGGUUUUGCUGCUGAAGCUAAGAGGAUCAAGGUUUCUGAGGUUCAAUUCAGUGCUCCUGGGAUGUGUACAUACCCAAGAAGUCCAGCUUUAGCUCUAGGAUUGACUGCAUCAGUGGCUCUUGUAUUAGCUCAAGUAACUAUUAAUGUUUCAGCUGGUUGUGUUUGUUGCAAAACGAAUGUUCAUCCUUCAAAUUCCAAUUGGACCCUGGCAUUGGUUUGCUUUGUCUUUUCCUGGUUCACGUUCAUUAUAGCAUUUCUCCUCUUCCUGACGGGGCUGCACUUAAUGACCAGCAUGGUGGAGAGAGCAUGUACUUUGGCAGCUACUGCUAUGUGGUUAAGUCUGGGGUUUUCGCAGGAGGUGCAAUUUUGUCCCUUCUUAGUGUUAGCCUUGGAAUUCUUUAUUAUUUCACAAUAUACUCAACAAAAAAUGGAGCACAAUGGGGGUUUACUGGACGUACUAAUCAAGGAGGUGUAGCAAUGGUACAACCUGAAGUCCCACCUGAAGUAGCACACCAACCUGUUUUUGUCCCUGAAGACACUUACUAUAGGCGCCAACAACCAUGAUCAAAAAAAUAGCCACAAUUAUCUGCGAAUAUUUGAACUUAGUUUGUAUAUGUUUUUUUUACAAGGCCAAUUUAAGGAAUCUUAGUUGAAGAAUGCGUUUUUCUUUCUUUUUUUUUUCUUCAGUUUUUGUAGUUUUUCUCCUUCUUUUCGGUGUGUCAAGAAAAUGUAACGUAACUUCCAACACAUCCGUGUGAUUUAUUUAUAACAUGUCAUUGCUAUCUAUUUUUGAUUCUUUGAA